CCGUCGCUUAUAAGCUUUAAGUGUUUCACGGAUUUUUUGUUCGCAUUGUAACUAUUUCUGUCAUUUGCUCUUCGAGGGCAACAUUAAGUGCGACAGAGCUAACUUCGCCGUCCGGACAGGAGAACGAAAAGGCGCUGGGAUUCUUGUUGUCGUUUCCGUCAUUACGUUAUCGUCGUUGUAGUCGUCUGCUGGCUGUCAAGCAACCGAUCGAACCAUCGACAAACACAUGAGCGGGACAAACAGACACUACGAAGCAAGCAUGAUACAGACAGGCAACGACUAACAGGCCUGUGAUAUUCAAUCGCCAGUAGACGGGCAGCUAUCAGCCUCCAGCCGGUAGUUGGUUCGGAUUUUGCCGCUGCUGCGCCGCUGUGUGGUGGCCGUCUGCGUGCGACAGGAGGCUGUGUGUUAUUCAGUCAUAGCAGCUAUUUGAAGUGCUGGUUGUUGAGCAAUAGCUGUUACGUAGGGAGCGGUAGCAUUAAUAGAGCGUAUACGGUGUGGAGACACAGACAAAGCAGCAGUUAGGGGGCGUGCAAAAAGUUCGUCCAUAGAUCGACCUGCCAUGCCCGCAACCCCGUUGACUCCGGGUGAAGACCAGGAAAAACUUCUGGACGAUGCUCUUGCAGUGGUUAAGGUGCAAGCGUUUCAAAUGAAGCGAAUGCUGGACAAGGAUAAGUUGAUGGAAGCUCUUAAGCAUGCCAGUACGAUGUUGGGCGAAUUGCGCACCUCGCUUCUUUCGCCCAAGAAUUAUUAUGAGCUGUACAUGUUGGUCACUAAUGAACUUUGCCAUCUUGCCAUUUUUUUAAUGGACGAAAUCGACAAAGGAGUGUAUAAGGGUCGAAAAAUGAGCGACCUCUAUGAGCUGGUACAGUACGCUGGCAACAUCAUUCCACGUCUGUAUUUGCUUAUAACAAUGGGCUUAGUAUAUAUGAAGGCACACCCUGCUUCUCGCAAGGAUAUUUUAAAGGACUUGGUCGAGAUGUGCCGCGGAGUGCAGCAUCCUUUGAGGGGUCUAUUUCUUCGGAAUUAUCUACUUCAGUGCACACGUAAUAUUUUGCCGGAUUCCGACGGAACUAGCGAAGAACCCGAACAGCAACAUAGCGCGCUCUCUCCUGACGCGAAGGAUGGCUUGUUGAUGUACACACGAGAAAGCGAAGUCGGCCUUCCGGGUAGUGUGCGUGACUCGGUCGAUUUUGUUCUUGCGAAUUUUGGGGAGAUGAACAAACUCUGGGUACGGAUGCAACAUCAAGGCCAUUCUCGAGAACGCGAGCGUCGGGAAAAGGAGCGCCAAGAAUUAAAAUUACUAGUCGGCACCAAUUUGGUUCGGCUGUCACAGCUUGAAGCUGUUGAUCUUGAUCGUUAUCGCAAGGUGGUAUUACCAGGAAUCCUGGAGCAGGUAGUGAGCUGCCGCGAUGCCAUUGCUCAAGAGUACUUAAUGGAAUGCAUCAUCCAAGUGUUCCCUGACGAGUUCCAUUUGCAAACGCUGCAGUCGUUUUUAAAAGCUUGCGCAGAGUUACGUCAGCAGGUCAAUGUAAAAACCGUCAUUAUCUCGCUCAUUGAACGAUUGGCGGCAUAUGCCGUUCGUACUGAUGGACCUGGUAUUCCAGCCGACAUCGCGCUCUUUGAGAUUUUCUCGCAGCAAAUUACAGCUAUUAUACAGUCUCGGGAGGACAUGCCGGCUCAGGACAUCAUAGCUCUUCAGGUCGCACUUGUUAAUCUGGCUAUCAAGUGCUACAGGGACCGAAUCGACUACGUUGACCUUGUGCUCAACAAGACAGCUGAGAUUUUCGGUCGCCUUGGCAUUAAAGCAGUGCAAAGCGAUACACCCGUCGCGAAGGAGAUGUUGAAAUUGCUGAAGAUUCCGGUCGAUACCUAUAAUGACGUGAUAACGCUGCUAAAACUCGAAAAUCUGGUUAACUGUCUGGACAUGUUAGACGUGAAAGGCCGAAAAACCAUGUCUAUUCUGAUAGCCAACAAUGUGAUUGACAAUGAAACGAAGCUGUCCACUGUGGAGCAGGUGGAAACCGUUCUGUCAAAGCUACUGCAGGUCCUUAUCCAAAGCGGUGAUGAAAGCCUUGACUCGGUUGAUAUCGACGAUUUCGUUGAAGAGCAAAAUCUAGUAGCCCGCCUUAUUAGUUUGAUGCAAGCGGAUAGCCCAGAUGAUCAGUACCUCAUCCUCAAUGCUGCUCGAAAGCUUCUUACAGAUGGUGGAGCCGAGCGUAUUCGUUACACGCUACCUACCAUUGUUUUCCAGUCUCUCCAACUAGCUAGACGCUUCUAUCAAAUUCGUAAAGAAGAUGAAAAGUGGUCGAGAAAGGUGGCAAAAAUCUUCCAGAACGUCCUUCAGACAAUUGACGCCCUUACCAAGGCAGAGGGUUGCAGUGCUGAACUAACACUGCGUCUCUAUCUUGAGGCGGCACUGGGAGCUGAUCGGAUCGCGUUUACAGACCAUGACACCGUCGCAUACAACUUUCUUUCUCAGGCGUUCAGUUUGCUCGAAGAAGAGGUGUCCGAUUCGAAAGCACAACUGGCAGCUGUGACGCUCAUCAUUGGAACGUUGCAGCAAACGUCAUGCUUCAACGAGGAAUCGCAUGCUCCGUUGCGUAAUCAAUGCGCACGGGUCGCUGCAAACCUACUGAAAAAACCCGACCAAUGUCGCGCAGUGUCCACAUGCGCCCACGUCUUCUGGUCAGGACGAACAAACGCCGGAGAUGAGUUGCGUGAUGGCAAGCGCGUAGCUGAAUGCCUAAAAAAAGGAGUCCGCUUCGCAUCUCAGUGCAUGGAUAGUGGUGUACAGGCACAACUGUUUUGCGAAUUGCUAAACAACUAUAUCUACUUCUUCGAAAAGGGAAACGUCGAACACAUUCGAAUCGACACACUCAAUCAGUUGAUUGCAAAAAUACAUGAGCUUCUGCAAACCGCUGAUAAAUGCGACGAAGUAGAGCAGAUCCAAGCACAUUUUGAGCGGACCCUUGAGCGGUUACAGAUGAAAAGCUCUGAGCCAAUUUAUGAAGGGCUAACGCUUUGAUAUAAACAUGAGAACCUUCUUAUUUCGUUUCCGAAAUUUUUGCAUCAUACAGACACACGCCUAUACAAACACGGUACUGAAUGGAGGUUCGUGUUAGUCUGGAAAGCUUGGUAACAACGACCAGAUCUAGACUAAAGAUUACAGCAGCGCUCCUGUACUCUAAACCAUAAACCCAUUCUUAAUUGGACGAAAAAGACGCCGGGGUAAUGACAAAUGACGACCUAAGAUAAUGAAAACGAUAUGUAAAGUGGUUAAGUGACAAAAGUUUUAAACAUUUGACAACGAAGCUACCACAGUCUUUAUAAGUGACUAUCGUCAUUAUUUUUUCAGUGCUAUGAUAGUAGUUUUUUUUUUUGUUUCAUUAAUCCUGCACAUAUAGUUCUCCAUCAAGCUAAUGAUAUACAAUAAAGGGUUUAUGUGGCUAAUUGCGGCUGGAGCAGCUGUGUAUUCGGAGAUUUUAAGUUUACUUAUUUCCAUAAGUAAUACCUUCAUUUGGAAACAAUAAAAACUAUUGGGCCUUGCUGUUUUACCAGGCUUCCAAUUGGGCUACUCUGCUCCAGAUGAUUAAUGAUGUUGGAGGUGUAUAUUUGGAAUAAAUGUUGAUAUGCUCAAUAAUGUACUGUAUCCUUGUUAUAACUUGAGGUAGAUGAUUAUAUAUAUUAUUCUACCGCAAAAACUUCUUUAAAUGAAGGAGCUUAGCUGAACAAAACACGCUGGUGCAGUAGAGUACAUUUGAACAGAUCACAUUAAAAAAGUAAACUAAUAAUUUUAACUAUAUUUAAGAAUGAUUUUUGUAAAUCUGGUUGAACACGACGUAUAGCAGGUGAUACUGAAGAAAACUACAGAAAAUAUAGGCACUGCAUAUCGACAAGGAAGGUCCCAAAUUAGAAUAAGGGUCUUAAUUUACGCGGUAAACUGGUGAAGGUUUGGGUCGAAAUUCACGAUCGAAAUCGUUUUCUAAGUUGCACAGAACUGCUCUUAUGUUAGGAGAAAGCGCACAAAAAAACAGCUUCUCAUUGACUCUGAACAUUUUGUCUAGCGCCGAGCAACAGGUUCCCACAUUGAGUCGAUACGGGUGCCGAACUGGUCUUUCCAUUUCCAAAGCAGAGAAAAGAACGGGUAGUUUUAUGAGAUACGCCUGAGCCUAAAGCGAAGUUUAAAGCCGAAUUUCUGAAAAAAAAAAAAAAAAUUAUGAUUUGCAUUUGGUGGGUCUGGAAGAGAGAGACUGGGACGGUCAACAAGCAUCUGUGUAUGGCCCAGUUUCGCCGAGUGAACGAAGCUAUCUAACUGAAAUGGCCCGAUAGGUAAAGCAUCCCUCUUCACGCCAUUGUUAAGUCACAUACGGCAAAGAUUAUGAAGGCUUUUUUUUACAUUCACUAGGGUUCGCUGCGACGUUGCUGGUGCUUUUAUCGAUCAUUGGAAAAUUCAAUUCCGUAGAGAAUCCCAAAAUUUUCUUAAGCGAGUUCUCUAACGCCAGAUUUAGAAAAUUUAGAAAUAGAUAGGCGAAAACGGAUAAAUAAAUUGAUUGAGAAAUAGAAAAAAGUCGCAGGAAUAAGAAGAGUCGUAAUAAAUAAAUUGGUUUUUAGAAUUCGAGUGAAUCUCUGCACUUCGGUUAAAU